GAGAAAUUUAAGCACAAAUAUGGCUUUUCAUUGUACUGUGAAAGAGAGAAGAAAUGGAGAGAAAAGAAGCUUUAAGGGAGAAAUGAGUUAUUUGAGCAAUAUUCCAGAAAAUAAAGAUGGGCUAGGCUCAACUUUCGAAAAAUAUAAGAAAACUAGUAAAGAACCUAUCAAAGAAAUUAAAUCAUUUGAUAACACUACACCUCCGAAAUGGAAGCACAAAGCUUUAAAAUAUAGCUACUGAAACAAGAAGCUAAACAGGAGAAAUCACAAUGGCUCAUCCAAAAAAUCACCUUCAGAUUUCUUGAAGAUCAGGAACAAGCACUUGUCCAUUAUCAGCUUAGGAGGCUCAAGAGCUAAAGAUCACAGAGAGCUAUCGCUCUCUAGGAAUACUUCCUCUGAGAAGAUGCAUAACAGCAUCAAGAAGCUUGCUAGAAGACUUGAAGACUCCUCUCAGAAGGGUCUUAGCAUCAAGAGGUCUCUUGAGAGGAGCAAGGAAUCUAUUCCUGAUAUGCCAGAUCUAUCCAUCUUUGCCAAAUCCAUUAUGAACACAGAGCGAAAGUGGUACAACAUCGAGACUUCAGGUGUUUUUGAAGAUGCAGACAAGAAAGUUGACGAUUACUGUAAUGAUCAGAAUCUUACAAGAUAUUCAGUCAUAAAUAAACUUUUAAUAACCAAUCGGAAGAAAGGACGUAAAAAUCACAGCGUGAAAAGGAGAAAAAAUAAGUAUAUACCUCUCAAGAGAGACCAAGGAACUGAAACUGAGGAGCCGGAUCAGUUUAUGUCUUUGCUCGAGGAUCCAUCUAAGAUCGAAAAGAUUAUUCGUAUCUUGACCGACCUUAAGGAUGAUAUAAUUAAGAGAGACCUGGAGGACAUUAAGAACCAGAUUACUAAAAGUUUUGUAAUGAACAAAAUUCAGGACUUCAGUGACAAAUGCAUGGAGGUAAUUAAAAAACAACAAGAAAUUAUUAAGAAACUGAGCAAGCUCACAAUUCCAACUCAUUCAAGGGCUGAAUCAGGUUUUAACUAUUCAACCGAGAAGCAUACACAAAGUGUGAAUUCCUCUCAAGAGGAAGCCUUUGGUGUGAAAUAUGAUCCUAAGCAAUCCCACCACUACAAAAUAGACUCAAACUUAUACAAAGAGCUGGUACAAAAGCUCAAAGUGAUUAUCGCCAGUAAAGAUAAGGAGCUUGAGAGUAGUGCCAAGUGAGUAGAUACCCUCAAAGAGAGAAUAAAAUUAUUAGACAAAGAAGUAAGUGAGCUUAAGAAGCAAGGUAGCUUCAUUAUCAACACAAAUUUCUCAAGGCCCACCUCAGAGGAAGAGGAGGAUCACGGAAGUAUUUACUCUAGUGACACAGAAGAUGUGUAUUGAAUGAAGGAUCUUUCUAUGAAUAACUGUAUACCAAGAAUGUGAGACUAGAACUUUUUAUAGCCCGUCAGCUGGUAUUUCGACCAGUUUCUUAAAUGUUUGAACAUAUUCAAUGCCAAUAA